CUGUUCAGAUGAGGAGGGCUUGCUUGAUUGACCCUCUGUGUCGCCCUCCGUUGCCAUGGCAACGCCAUAUUUUCCCACGUUCCUGAUCCUCCUCUUUCUGUCCUCCUUCACCCUCUUGCUUCUGACCCUCCUGCCCUCCGUCGCCCCAUCGAUUCCCUUUUCCUCCUCUUCUCCUCCCUCACCUUGGCCGUCACCGUCCUGCGGCCUGGGUCAGUCCUGGGCUGUCCGGAUCCAUGCUGGGCCACAUCAUGAGGAAGAAGACAGUGAGCAGAGCUCUGUGCACCUGGAUGCUAUAGCCAGCAGGGUAGCAGAGCAGGCUGGGCUGCAGAACCAUGGCCAAAUUGGGCAGCUGGAAGGCCACUACUUGCUUUGUUCUGUCAAGCCCAGAACUGGAUUUCUGGCUGGUGUUUGGAGCAAGAGUGUCCAUCCUGGGGACGUCCUGGCAGCACACCCUCAUGUCCUGUGGCACUCCCAGGAGAGAGUGCUUAGCCGCUCGAAGAGAUCAAUUGCCUUUAACGAUCCCCGCUACCCUAAACAGUGGCACCUGCACAAUUACAUCAAUAAGGGUAUGGACAUCAACGUAACAGGCGUGUGGGAGCGCAACAUCACUGGCCGAGGAGUCACCGUGGUGGUGGUCGAUGACGGGGUCGAACACACCCACCAGGACAUCCAGCCCAACUAUAGUCCAGAGGGCAGUUAUGACCUGAACUCCAACGACCCAGACCCCAUGCCUCACCCGGAUGUCCAUAGCGACAACCACCAUGGGACGCGGUGUGCCGGUGAGAUCGCGGCUGUUCCCAACAACAGCUUCUGCGCUGUAGGGGUGGCCUACGGCAGCAAGGUGGCAGGUAUCAGAGUUUUGGAUGGCCCGCUGACAGACAGCCUGGAGGCCAUAGCCUUCAACAAGCACUACCAGGUCAAUGACAUCUACAGCUGCAGUUGGGGUCCAGAUGAUGACGGACACACUGUGGAUGGACCCCAUCCCUUGGGCAAGGCGGCGCUGCAGCACGGGGUGAUUGCAGGCAGACAAGGCUUCGGCAGCAUCUUUGUGGUUGCCAGUGGCAAUGGAGGUCAAUACAAUGACAACUGCAACUAUGACGGCUACGCCAACUCCAUCUACACCAUCACAGUCGGUGACGUCAGACUGGUCCAUGCAGGAGGCGACGGGCUGUACGGAGGGCCACACCGGCACAUCUGCCGCGGCCCCCCUGGCGGCAGGAAUGGUGGCCCUCAUGCUGCAGGUCCGUCCCUGUCUCAGCUGGAGGGAUGUCCAGCACAUCAUCACCUUCACCGCCACAAAGUGUGACGACAGUGCAGACUGGAAGAUGAACGGAGCCGGUUUUGCUCACAGCCACCAGCACGGCUUUGGUCUGCUUAAUGCAUGGAGACUCGUCAAUGCUGCAAAGGUAUGGGAGUCGGUGCCAUUCCUUGUGUCCUAUCAGAGCUCAGUCCUGAAGGAGGACGCAUCCAUCCCAGUGAAUUCCGACGCGCUGAUCCGCACCUGGACAGUCUCCACUGCUGAUCUGAGACAGUCUGGAAUGGAGACACUGGAGCAUGUGGCUGUUACCGUGACGAUAACCCACCCUUGCCGUGGCAAUUUGCAGUUUGACUUAGUCUGCCCCAGUGGUAUGACAUCAGUCAUCGGGGCACGUCGUACCAUCGACAGAGACCCUGCAGGCUACCAGGACUGGACUUUCUCCACUGUGCGCUGCUGGGGAGAGAAAGCUAAAGGCCUGUACACCCUCAAGAUAUCAGACCAGAAAGAGAAGAUUGAGCAGUGUGUCGGUGUGGGAGUGUUGAAGCAGUGGUCGUUGACCUUGUAUGGCUCCUCUAUGACCGCGAGUGAGGUCAAGGAACGACAGAGGCUGGUGGAGGAGGCUAUGAGUGGCAAGUAUCUGGACAGCAGUUUCUCUCUGCCCUGCCCCCCAGGACUGAACAUCCCUCCAGAGCUCGUCAGCCCCUUCACCUCCAACAGCCUCAAGUUCAUCCUGUUGCUGGGCUGCUUUGCUCUUUUCUGGUCUCUCUACUGUACACUGGAGGUCACACUGGCCCCCCUGGACCUCAGGGGCCUCCUCUGCCUGCACAGGAGACGGGAAGGUCACCGGGCCAGGAGGGGGCGCCGAGGCAGAGGAGUGGAAGAGGUGUCGGUAGAGGAGGAGCUCGGGGAGGAAGACGAGUGGGACUCAGGGCUGGAGUUGCACGCAGUGCUGGACUCAGAGGCCAAAGUGGCGCUUUUAAAUGGAGAGCAGCCGGGAACAUAGUACUGAGCCAAGUGAUGGGUAUAAAACCUCUCACUGUCUGUACUCAUGAGACGUCUCAGGCUUUAACCCUCUCCCCCCCACCCAGCCUCCAGUCAACCUUAUGUGUGGUGGUUGGGGGUCACAUUGUGGACUGCAGAUGGACUUGACUGAAGAGCAGACUCUUUGUCUGUGUCUGCAGACCCAAACACGUGGCCUUUUAUGAAAAUCUGUGUGUAUGUGUGUUUGUGUACACCAGGCCCUCAAAGGUCCUCAUAAGUAGAGAAAACAAAUCACCAAAAUCUGUGAGUGAGGAUAUUUUGUUUGUUCCAGGGCGACAUUUCCCAUCAGGAUUAUGGUUAAGUUCGAGCAUGUACUGGAAAGGGACCUAACAGGGUUUAAUGUCCUAGUACAGUUGCAUGUUUGCAUGUGUGAACGUGUGUAUACAGGCUUGUCUGUACGUAAAUGUUUACCCAGAAAAGAACUGAGCUUACAGAUUGUGGGAUACAUAUCCAAACACCUGUGAGGUCCUUAAACCAAGAGAAAGAUAAAAAUGUGAUGUGCACUAAAGGAAGGUAUGCGUUUGCUGUGUGUGUGUGUGUGUGUGUGUGUGGAUGUGUGCUGUGACAUGAGUGGAUGUGCAAUAUGCAAGGUCUUCCUUGAAAACGUGUCCUUUAUAUUGGGGUUCAAAGACAGUACUGAGGUUUUUAAGAAUCUGAUUUAUUUUUUAGGUGUUAUUUGAUGCAUUUUACUGUAAAGUCUGGGGUUAUUAUCUGUGGGUUAUCAACCAACUACUGAUCAAUACUUGAAGUGGGAUUUUCAAGUUUGGGAUUUAUAUAUGUAUUUUUUUAAUGAAGUGUAAUAUAUACUCAAUGUGUGCCUGCUGUACAGAUUAUAUCAGCUCUGUUUAAUGAUUUAUACAAGAUGUUUUUAAGAAUGUAUUAAAGAGUUCUAAUUUUUUUAAUGUAAAGGAGUGAAGUUGGAAACUGUGUUUUGCUGUGCAAGUCACAGGUGAUCUGGAUGAAAAUAAAAGACUGUUGACAUAA